GAAGAAGGUAUAAAUACUCCUGAGAAGUUUGCUGUGCUGUGCUGCUGUGGAAGGAAAGUGCUGGUUUGGAGUAGUUUAGUCUAAGUUGUUUUGGACUAAGUCGUGUUUAAGAUCUGCUGGAGCCACAGGAGGACAGCCCGCUCCUGGACGAACCUUCGGCGGCACCAUGGUGGCCACAAGCACCUUAAAGACCAAAGGCAGCGAGUGCUUCUCGGAGCCGGCUGAGCGGAUUUUUGAGCCGGGCUGCACGGAGAAAGAGCUGGAUUUCUGGGACCACUGCCUGACUGAGCCCCAGAGGGGUGCGGAUGUCUCCGAGGACAGAGCCUGUCAGCGGCUGGUCAAGAUGUUUGAGAGCUGUCUGUCUCGAGCUAAGAAGACGACGCUGCACUGCUCUUCGGUGCUGGUACCAGAGAAGCUCACCCGGAAGGAGCUGGACAAGGGCUGCAAGCGGCUGGAGCGCAUCAUGUACGAUGCCACCGUGGUGCCCACGUUUGAGCUGACACUUGUGUUCAAGCAGGACAGCAGCGCCUGGCCCAGCCUACGGGACUUCCUCUUCUUGGCAACCUGCUUUGCCCCAAACUUCAGGCAUGUACUUAAACUGAGUCCAGGCUUCCGACUUGUCAAGAAGAAGCUGUACUCCUCCGCGGCCGGUACCGUGGUGGAGGAGUGCUGAACUGUCGGGUUUGGCCUCUUUCUAAGUGUUUUUAUUCAGCAGCAUUGUCCUGGGUGGUUUUCUAACGCAGUUAUUGCUCAGACACUUUCAAAUGGUGCAUUUUGCAGAUGAAUGUAAAACGGUGAGGGACAAACUGGGUAACGGCACUGGCCACUGGUGAUCCCGUUGUUCCAGUCGCGCUGAAUGGACACAAGGCUGGACAGGGAGACGGACAUGGAGUCUUUGGGGGUCCAUAUGUAGCUAGCUAUGUUUAACACUGGUGGAGAUGCUGCCGUCACUGUGGACGCCUUAAAUGUCAAUGUUUGUUUCACUCAGCUUUGUGUGUUUCAUGUGAAUGUUUAGUUUUGUGCCCCCCCCUCCUCAUAGGUUAUUAAAGAUGGUUCCUCUGAAUGUAAAA